GCGCUAAAGAUGCACUGGACCGUACUUUCGUUGGCACCUGAACGCAGCAUUAAAGCAACACUGAUGCCGAACUGGAGUCACUUCAUAUUGGUCCAGAACGACAGACAGAGCUCGAGGGAGGACAAUGUUUGAAAAUGUCCCAGCAGCAUCCUCAGCGGAGCGUCAGCAGGUUCUGGGAGCUCUGGAGCGACUGCAGGCCGAACUGCUGCAGAGGGAGGAGUGGACCCACAGUGAAACCAUGGGCAACCUGAGGGAGACCCUGCAGAGUCCCCUCUUCAACCACAUCCUCACCCUGCAGCACUCCAUCAAACAGCUCCGCAACCAGCUGAGCAGUAUCCCACCUGAAGCCUGCAGUGAGUUCAGUUUCUCCAAAAAGGGUCAGCUGAUCCUGAGCAGCAAUGAUCCAGUCAGCGGCUCCUCCUCCCUCCUGAGCAGUGCCUUGUCUCCACCCAUCCAUCAGACUCCGCCCUCAUCUGACCUCAACCUACAAAAAUGGAUCCUUGUUGCCGCAAAGGGCCGUCACACAGAAGUGUGCCAGCUGACUCGGCCUCCGUCUGGAGGUCUGGGCUUCAGCGUGGUCGGUCUGAAUCCCGCAGGAAGCAGCAGCCAGGGCGUAUUCGUCAAACACAUCCAGCAUGGAGGCAUUGCACACAGGGAUGGGCGUCUACAGGAAAGGGACCAGAUCCUGGUGAUUAACGGCAGUCCUCUGGAGUCGGGGAUCGGCCACCAGCAGGCUCUUGCCCUCCUGCAGCAGACUGGAGAGACGGUGGAGCUGGUGGUGGCCAGAGAGCGCAGACUCAGCGCAUCUUCAUCACAAGCAGCCGCUUUCCAUACGGAUCAGUGGGGUCACAUGGAGGAAAUCCAGCUUGUGAACGAUGGAUCCGGCUUGGGCUUCGGCAUCGUGGGCGGGAGGACCGCCGGGGUGGUGGUCCGGACGCUCAUCCAAAACAGCGUGGCUGACAAGGAUGGGCGUCUCCACACAGGUGACCACAUCCUGCGCAUCGGGGCGACGCCCACUAGCGGCCUCACAAGUGACCAGGUCGUCAAGGUGCUGCAGGGUUGUGGGAGUCAUGUGACGUUGCUAAUCUCCAGGGAUCCACGGGGUCAAAAUUCAACAACCUCACCUCCUCCACCGCCUCCUGACUCAGCCCCGGUCUCCUCUUUAGCCCCACUCCCCCCUGGCUUACCCCCCCAACGCCGGCCCAGCAGGACAGUGAGCAGCAUUAAGAACCAUCAACCAAACCUGGAGGGGUAUGAAAUCCAUGAGGUUCCUCUAACCAAGAAGGAUGGCCAGAGCCUCGGAAUCUCCAUCAUCGGCUACAACACCCUGACCAGCCAAGACGCUGUAGGGGUUUUUGUGAAACAUGUGGUCCCUGGUAGUGCUGCAGAUCAAAGCGGAAACAUCCGAGUCCACGACCGACUGCUCGCUUUGAAUGGCAUCAGUCUCCAUGGUAUGAGCAAUCCGGAAGUUCUGGAGGUGAUGAAGAAGACUGGUCAGACUGUGGUGCUCAGUGUGGUACGGAAGAAACCCAGACCCCUGGAGAGAUCCCUGGAUAAAGUUGAGAGGGAGUCGUCUUUUGUUUCGCGGAGGAGAUCGUUGGAGGUCAAUGCUCGCUCCUCCGGGUUUGGAUUUAUUGCACCAGAUGUGGAAAGAGCAUAUCCAAACACAACACAACAAACAAGGGAUAGAGAUGCAGAACUGUGGGCUAAAUGGGAGCAGGCUCUGGGACCAAAGUACCAAGUUCUGGUGGUGAAGUUGGAUCCUGUCAUUGAAGAUGAUGCAGAGCUACAGAAAUCCUCUAAGCUGUUGCCCGUCCACACCCUGCGUCUUGGUGUGGAGUUGGACUCCUUCGAUGGUCACCACUACGUCUCCUCAGUAGUCCCUGGAGGCCCUGUGGAUAAACAUGGAGUCUUGAGACCAGAGGACGAGCUUUUGGAGGUGAAUGAUGUUCAGCUCUACGGUAAGUCUCGUCGGGAAGUGGUGGCAUUCCUCAAAGAAGUGCCGCCCCCUUUUACUCUGGUCUGCUGCCGACACCCGACCUCCGAACUGGGACCAGAAUCUGAGUCUGAGCCAGGAUCUAGACCUGGAUCCAUGAGACAGUCAAAGCCCAGUGUGGAGGAGAUUGAGCUGAAGCUGUCGUCCAUGCUCUGCAGUCAGACAGAGAGACAGAGCGCCACUGUGCAGGAGCAAGCACUUAGACAGGAAUUGCCUGGAGAAGAGGAGCUGAUGGAGACUCAACACAGCCAGGAGGAGGAGGAGGAGGAGGAGCAGGAUGAAGAUGAAGAUGAAGGGGAGCUGGCCCAGUGGUCUCCAGACGUGCAGGUGUUGGAGCUGCAGAAGGAGAGAGACAAAGGCCUCGGCUUCAGCAUUCUCGAUUACCAGGACCCGCUGGACCCCGGCCGGUGUGUGAUGGUGAUCCGCUCUCUGGUUGCGGGGGGUUGCGCAGAUCGUCUCGGUGCUCUGCUUCCUGGAGACCAGCUGGUGUCAGUCAACCACACCCAACUGGACCUGCUCACGCUGGGAGAGGCCGUGGAGGUCCUGAAGUCUGCCUCACCUGGAAGAGUCCGUCUGGGCAUCCGGAAGCCUCUGGUGUUGGCCGGGGGACAAGAUGGGAGCAGCCUGGGGUCUAAGAACACACACCUGCCUGUGCCAAAGGGUUUUGGUGACGGCUCCAUCUUGCCAGAAGACCUCCGUCAACAAGUUGUAGAAGAGGAGUCAGAGCUUAUCCUGGACGGAGGUCUGCCUCGCUACACCUCCUUCUCCCCAGCCUCUAACCUCCUGUCUCCUAUGGAGGAAGGCCGGGAGAUGGCCGUGGACGAGGACGUUCAAGUGGAGGUGGAUGAAGAUGAGGGGGAGAAAGAGGUGAAGAUGCAGGAUAAAGUGGAGGAGAGCAUGGGCUCGCUUCCCAGGAAACCUCCUCCAUCGUGGGAGGAGUGGAAGCUCAACUCCUCCAGCCGGGCCGGAGCAGCAGAGGAGACUUGGAGCAGAGAGCAGGAGGAGCUCCGCGACAGGGAGGAAGAGGAGGACCUGCAGAGAUCUGACCAUGAAAGCAUCGUGUCAUCAGGACAAAGGAUUCCGGGUAUUCCAGACUUCAGAGACAGUGAAGCAGACUCUGAGCUCACUCUGACGGACACCGACACAGAGUCCGUCAACUUGAUUGACAAUAAGAGAAGGAAGAGGCGAAGUCAGGGAGGAGCCUCUCUACCAAUCAGAGGAGGCCAUGGGGACCUACCUGAGAGAGAGGACGGGGAGGGAGAGGAAACUCCUGCCUUCAGUCACUGGGGAGUCCCUCGCAGGGUGGAAGUGUGGCCUGAGGAGGGCCAGUCUCUGGGUCUGAGCAUCGUGGGAGGUCAUGAGGUCAUCAAGCGUCUGAAGAACGGAGAGGAACUGAAGGGGAUCUUCAUCAAACAGGUGUUAAAGAACAGCCCUGCUGCCAAAACACAGUGUCUGAAGACUGGGGACAAGAUCCUGGAGGUGUCAGGGGUUGACCUACGAGUGGCCAGUCAUGAGGAGGCGGUGAAUGCCAUCAAAGCAGCUCCGAGCCCUGUUGUCUUCAUCGUCCAGAGCCUGGCCGCCACUCCACGGCCUGUGUCUCUAACAGCUACCAGCUACAAAAAACACAAAUCAAUGAAGACUCAGUCUCCGGCACCAGCCCCGCCCCCUGUAAGACAACCCCCGCCAUACAGACCUCCCAGCCACUCAGAUCAGGAGUUGAACUCUGACCUGGAGCAGGCCAAAGAGCGCUGGUGUGAGCGGUAUGGAGACCUGCCGGGGGAGCUGCUGUGUGUGGAGCUGGAGAAGGAGCGCCAGGGUUUGGGUCUCAGCCUGGCAGGAAACAGGGAUCGUUCCCGCCUCAGCAUCUUCGUGGUGGGACUCCAUCCCGGGGGGCCGGCAGCUCGAGAUGGACGCAUUCGUGUGGGAGACGAGCUGCUGGAGAUUAACAGCCAGGUGCUUUAUGGGCGGAGUCACCAGAACGCCUCGGCCAUCAUUAAGAGCUCUGCCUCCAAGGUGAAAGUCAUCCUGCUAAGAAAUGAGGAUGCUAUAAACCAGAUGGCUGUCCCCCCUUUCUCGACUCCCCCUCCCCCCCCUGUCCUCAGCCCUGUAAGCCCAGAGUCUGUCAGUCCGGCUUCUCUAGGUGUCUCCCCCCCCACAGACGGACCCCGCCCCAACAGUGUGACAUGUAACUCGUCAUCAGACACAGCGGGGCCAGUGGUGGAGGAAGUAUUCAGACCCUUUACUUCAGUCAAGAACGAGAGCCAUGAAGAAGCCCAACAGAACAACAGGAACAGAAAGAGCAGCAGCGCCCCCAAGAGUGUGAGAGAAGACGACACCUCCCAACAGAGUCUGACAGUUGCAGAGUCUCCAGAGGUUGAGCUCCAGGGUCCUCAGACGUUGCCGGAGCAGCAGUCCUGUAAAUCGUCCAGCAGCUCAAGGAGAAAAACGGCACCAUCUCCUCCUCUGAUCAGCCCCGACCUCCAGACCACCAACAAAGACCCAUCCUGCUGUGCGGUGGUCCCUGGUCAGGAGAUGCUGCUGGAGAUCUGUAAAGGCAGAUCAGGACUCGGACUCAGUAUAGUAGGGGGAAGAGACACACAGCUGGAUGCCAUAGUGAUCCACGAGGUUUAUGAAGAAGGAGCUGCAGCCAGAGACGGACGGCUGUGGGCAGGAGACCAGAUCCUCGAGGUGAACGGGGUGGACCUGCGUGGCGCGUCGCAUGAGGAGGCCAUCGCCGCCUUGCGACAGACGCCGGCAAAGGUUCGUCUGACGGUGCUGAGGGACGAGGCUCAGUACAGAGACGAGGAGAACCUGGACAUCUUUAAGGUGGAACUGCAGAAGAGGAGCGGCCGGGGGCUGGGACUUAGCAUCGUUGGGAAGAGGAGUGGCAGUGGUGUGUUUAUCUCUGAGGUAGUCAGAGGGGGUGCCGCUGAGCUGGACGGUCGUCUGAUGCAGGGAGAUCAGAUCCUGUCAGUCAAUGGUGAAGACACCAGACAUGCCUCCCAGGAAACUGUCGCUGCCAUACUGAAGUGUGCUCGAGGUCUGGUCCUGUUGGAGCUUGGACGACUCAAAGCUGCUUCCUGGAUUACCUCCAGACGCAACUCACAAGGAAGCGAGAUGAGUCACGUGAGUGGGAACAGCUCAGGCAUUGUGGCUCUGCCCCUCACACACACCUCAACAUCACCUGACCCUGUGACCUUUGACCCCCCAACAAUGACCUCCACUGCCUCACUGCCCCUUAACAACAACAUGGAGAGCACUUCCUCCUCUAACAGCACAGGGGUAGAUGCUGGUAUCCGAACAGUGGAGAUCACAAGGACUGUCAGUGACUCUCUCGGGGUGAGCAUAGCGGGGGGGAAGGGCAGCCCACUGGGUGACGUACCGAUCUUCAUUGCCAUGAUUCAGGCCAACGGUGUUGCUGCCAAAACGCACCAACUAAAGGUGGGGGACAGAAUCGUCAGUAUUAACAGUCAGUCUGUGGACGGUCUGUCGCACAGCGAGGCGGUCACCAUGCUGAAGAACAGCUACGGAAACAUCAGCCUGAAGGUGGUAGCAGACACUAACAUCAGCGCCAUCGCCACUCAGGUGGAAAGUUUGACCAGCGGCUCCACUCUGUCGGGCAACGCUGAAACACACACAGCGGAGCCCGAGUCCCCGCGGCCCCGCAGCAUCAGUCUGGCGAAAGGAUCUGAGGGACUUGGCUUCAGCAUCGUUGGAGGAUUCGGCAGUCCACAUGGAGACCUGCCCAUCUACGUCAAGACUGUCUUCAGCAAGGGCGCGGCGGCUGUGGACGGGCGUUUGAAGCGAGGAGACCAGAUCCUGUCUGUGAACGGAGAGAGUCUGCAGGGAGCAACCCACGAGCAAGCCGUCGGCAUCCUGAAGAAGCAGAGAGGAACCGUCACACUGGACAUCCUGUCAUAACACACACACACACACACACACACACACACACACACACACACACACACACACCUCCUGUGGGUGAAAUCAGUACAUGCUGAUGUCUGUGUGUCUGACUUUAAUACCUUAAACAGAGUUUCUUAACCUUGGGGUCAGGGGCCAUAGGCUGGGUCACAUGAAACCUAGAUGAAGUCCUUGAGAAACGUGACGCCAAAAUAUCUUUAACUUGACAACUGUAGCACAUCUUAGCAUCAAUGUUUGAACUACAUCUUAUGGCAAUCCAUAAAAUAGUUUAAAUAUUUUAUUCCAAACCACAACCUCAUGGCGACACUAAAGUAUGGGUCACACGCAUUUCAAAAUGUCAAAUCCAUCCAACGGUCUCAAAUAAGUUUUUUUAGCUAGUGCUAACCACAAAAAUAGAAAUACUUGUAUAUGGCAUCCCCAGACCGAAAGGUUAAGAAGUUCUGUUACUAAACACACUACCAACUCACAAUAACAUCUAAGAACAAAACACUAUCAAUGUGGAGUCAUGAUGGAGAGACAUUUAAAUCCAGCCUGUGCUAGUUAAUGCAUUCCUUAACAUAGACCACUUUAUAAUCCAGAGGAACAAAAGGGAAGGGAAAAUAUGUUUUCUCUGACACUGCUGCUCACGUUAGAGUAGCAUGUCCUCUGUGGUCCAAGAAUGGUGAAGUGUUAGCCUCAGAGUAAGAGCUACUUUAGAUGAGGGUAGCGUGCAGACUGUAACACUGCUGAUUGUUCACUAACACUAACCAACAUCUAUAACAGAAACAGAUGUUAUAGAUGCUACACAUCAAAAUGGAAGUAACACUGCAUUUUUUUUAAAUGGUGAUGGGAAUGUGGGACUUUAAUUUCAAAUAUCUCCUACAUCUUGAGCACAAAUAUAAUCAUUAAUUGCAAUUUAAUUGAAAAAUGUUAUCAACAGUCCCAGACUUCUAUAUAAAAAUUGAAAAAUUCUAAAAAUCGGUAUCAGACUACACACAUAUUUUUUUCUGUGGAUUAUUUCCAUGGUUUAUUGUUGUUAGUUUAGUUUAACAUUUUCAAAGAAAUCUUAAGAAAAUUAACAAAAAACAAACCGAAAAUUAAAAACAUUGAGUCGUAAUGGAGACACAGUUUUAUGUGGUAGAUCUUCCUAUUCAUACAAAACACAUACUGAAGUUUUUCCUCAAUGUUUUGUUAAAUCACAGAGUUAAGUUAAACUUUCGAUGUAAUUAUUGGGUUCUCAUAAAAAGUGCCAUAUUUUGAUAAACAUUUAAUUUCUCAUACAAACUCAUUUUUCUCCCAGUGAUAAAUCCAAACUGACACAUAAAAGAAAACAUUAUGUAAGUUUUAAAUACUUAUGUGUCUCAAAGGAGAUGAUUCUCAGGACUUGGUGGGCUUGGAGAUCCCCUGUGGCCCCGGCAACAGAUACAGUGUCUUCCACAUGAUCGCUAUCAUGGACAGAAAAAAUAUAAUAAAAAUUAUCCGUGGAGAUUGAAAAUAUUAAAAGGCUUUCUAGAAAAAGGUGUCAAUAAAAGCAACAGACUGACAAUUAAACAAAAAGGGAUUUUCAGUUUGCCGUUUCGAUAUCAGUUUCAUCUCUGGUUAGCCUAGCUUAGCACAAAGACUGAAAAUAAAAUAAAGGGAAACUAUUAGCCUAGCUUAUUUGACAGAAGAAACACCUCAGCAACACCAAAGCAGAUUAUAUUUAGAAACAUAUCUCUAUUUAGUGAACACUCAUGUUUGCACACACCUUGAAUUCAAACGUUUUUAUUGAUGAACAGCUGCAACCCUAUUCUUAGCUAGCAUAGUACUUUAGCUUUAACGGCAAGCUGGUUGAAAAGACAGCAUUUCAAUUGGCUACAAAUCUGCCAAAAUGUUCCCUGUCUUCAUUUAAACUAUAAUAUUUACAUAUAACCGGUGUUACUUAUAAAUGUUGAAAGCUAACCUCAAUAGAUUUGAGAAGGUAUGCUUCCAUAAAAAGUGUAUGGACGUAGCCGUAGAACAAGAGGACUGUCGAACAUGUCAGACUGUUGCUUUUAACUUUAAAUUCUACAACUGGAAGGUAGUUGUUGCCUCAUAACUUCGACUUCUAGUUUUGAUCACAUUUUCACAUUUAGUCUGGUACCGCAGUACUCUGGUCAGAUAUCUAGAUGUGUAAUUGAAGUAUUUAGCAGCAGCUGUAGGCGUCAGAAUGGAGGACAGAGGUCUCUGUGGGGUCCUGUGAUAAACAUAUCAAUCAAGUGCAAAAUACGAAAUGCUCAGCCUUUUUGUUGUCAUAAUUACUGUCUUAAUGAUUGCUACUUUUAUUAGUAGGUGUGAAAGUAGAUGAACUGUAAUUUAUUUUUUGAUCUUGCUGGAAAUUAACAAUGUAUUUUUUUGUUAUUAUUAUGAGCACCAAUCAGUUUGUGCCAGUGUCUGAAUAAUUGUGUGAACAGUCCGAAACCUCGAUUGAAACCCUGCAGCUUUGGUUUGCCUUCACAUCGGUCUCUUUCAGAGUCGCUGCCAAAAACCAGCUGAGGUUGCACUUUAUUUUACGUGAUUUCUUGAUCAUUUCCUCAGUUUUCAUGUCAUGUCAUUCGGUAUUAUUUGCAGAGAAAAAAGAGAUCUUGUAGUCAGAGCACAAUAAACAAAUAAUGAAUAGACACACUCUUUGAAGUAAGUUCCUUUGAAAAGUACAACUGCUCAAUGAAAUUAUGAGGACAUAGGAAUGCAAGGGGAAGGAAUUAUUUAGUGUGCCUCUGGUUUGUAAUGAACCCAUCAUUGUUUGUAUAAAAAUGUUUUUUUCCCCUAAAUUUGUUAACAUUUAGUCAAAUGUUCACUUUUAAAAGUAAGCAGAACUAUUUAUUAACUACUUCUAUUUGCAGUUUAACUAUAUAUGUUGACAUGACUGUCACUGACAAAAAAAGAGCUUAAAACAUGAUGAUUCUCAGGCAAGUUCAGCAGCAUCUUUCUUCCAUGUCUAAGUGGAUGUUUAUUCUGGAGGGGCAUCAGAAGUAACUAUAUACUCGGGGAGGUUAGUCACUGUAUAACAUAAAUAUGUGUUUUCUGUCAGUCUAUUCACAUUUCACUUGUUGUGAAGAAGAGAAAACAUGUGAGGCAAAUAAACCUCCUGUGUACUUUGCCUUCCAAUUAACUCACUUAUUUGUAAGGCUUUUGUUGUUUAAUUAACUACAGUACAGAUCAUAAUAUCACUACCAUUGUUACAAUGUCCUCAACAAUGAGUUACUUUACAGUGACAAUGUAAUGUUCUGCCUCUUCCUUUAAUGUUAAUCCUGUCUGAACAAUCUUUAUAAACGACCAGGAGAAAUGACCCGACCGACACUCGGUGCUAACAAGUUGCAGUUAAGCGCAGUGGUGCAGGACAGUGUAUUUGUUUUCUGUUGUUUCCAUGCAGCGGGCCACAGUGCCAAAGUCCCUUUAAAAAAUCUAUAAGCAGCACACAACCAUCAAUGUCAGUCUUCUUCUUGUACUCUCUCAUCUUUUGUAAUACUGAUGUUUUUGGUAUUUGAGUCUCAUAUUUAGAACCUUUUAAGCCCUCCCAAAAAGACCUUCCAAACUAAAACUGACUUUUACUCACAGCAGAUUUGAUAGACUUUGUUGUGUUUUUAAUUUUCAAAUUACAUCUGAAAAGUAAAAAUAAACAGUUGUCUGCUCAAAUUAAAUUCACUUAAAUAUGGGAGAAAAUGAUGAAUAGAAGAAUAGAAUCGGAGGAGGAGGAAACCCUCUUUAUUAGUCACAUACUGUACACGCACACAGCAGAGCACACACAGUGAAAUUGGUCCUUUGCAUUUAACCCAUCCUAGUACUAGGAGCAGUGGGCAGCUAUGGUGCAGCGCCCGGGGAGCAAUGGGGAGGGGGGAUUGGAGGUGUCUGGUGCCUUGCUCAAGGGUACCACAGCAGGGCCUAGGAGGUGAACUGGGACCUCUCCAAGUAGCAGUCCACUUUCCAUAUUUCAAGUCUGUUUGGGGACUUGAACCGGCGACUCUACGAAUAUUAUAUCAGUCAGGCUCCAAUAAUACUGUUUGUCCAGAUAUAAUGUUUUGGAGGAAUGUGCAUGAAUAGGAAUAGUGGUAAAACAGAAAUCAGUAAGAAUAUAAAUUAUAAAAAGGAUUAAACAGCUCAAAUCUCACGUUAACAUUUUGAAGCAACAUGCAGCUCAGGCUGUCUAUCACCUAGAGAAAAACUCAAAUUGCUCAGUUUGAUGUUAUUUCAUUUAUAAUGAUCCAAAGAGACUGUUGGCUCUGAUGUCACUGAGAAAUGUUGUGAAUGAUCUGUCUGUUCUAGUUAUUGAGCAUCCACCCUGUUUGUUUUGUGCUAAAAUGAUCUAUGUUUUAUUAAACCAUAAAGAGAGCACAAUA